AUGAGUUGUAGCGGUCGAGUGCUAUCGGCGCUGGUGAACACCUCGAAUGGUCCAUUCGUUUACUUGAUGGAUAUUUGUGCCCUCUCACCGGAUUAUUCAUCGAAGGUUAAUAAAUAA